AUGGAAAAUGACAGUAACAGUAAUGAAGAUCGCAUUAUGUAUUUACAGCAACGGAAAAAGGCUUUAACUUUAUUAUUACAAGAAAAAAAUGAGUUGUUAAGAAGACUUUGCCUACAAGAGGCUGACAUAACUGGUGUCAUACCUUCUGAAACGCCAGAAGAAGUGCCAGAGGCUCCGCCAGAUACGAAUUAUUUAAACGAUGCCAAUGUAAAUUUAACUUUACGUCGUAAAGUCGAAACUGGGUUUAAGUUAUCAGAAAAUUUACUAUGUGGCAGCAUAAGCAAUGAAGAUGAUGAAGUUCGAAAAUUACUUCUUGAGAAACAAGUACAAACGAGCAUUGCAGAAGCAGCUCUUCACAUGGCAAAUAACUUAUCUAAUAAUAAAGCUGUGCGCAGGAAACACAGACAUAUGUAUAAACAGUCUCAAGAAAAACUUGCUGGCAUAAAUGAAACUCUGACCAGGAGAAUAUCACAAAUUCCUAAAAGUAGUUCUCUGGAAGUUGACCUACAACAUAGUACUUCGGCAGAAGAAAAUUUCAAUACAUCACCAAUCAUACGUCACAAUAGUCACCAAAGCACAAGCAACAGGCAUUCUGAAUUCAUUCCCGAUAACUAUUAUUUGCAGCAUGCUGAUCAUAAUACUAGCUCUUUUAAAGAUAUUAAUAGAUAUACUCAUUAUAGUCAUGGUGAUAUGCGUUAUGUAAUGCAAAAUAAUGAACCUCAAAUAUCUAAUAUCGAAGACAAUAUUGUGGCUCAUAACUAUUAUAUGAAUAAUAAACCAAAUAUACAUUUACCAAACAAGUAUAGAAAAAAGCCUAGACCACCAGUUGAUGAUCAUUCAGUAAAACGAGAUCAAUUAAGUUUGUCAAAAUAUAAUAUAGAUAAUCAACAAGUGGGAUAUGUAGACCAAUUACAAAAUCAAAUUUCAGACUAUAGAAAUACAAUUGCAUCAGAUUCAUUUUUUACAUAUCCCAGAAAGGAUCAUUAUCAAAAUCACUUUGAUGAACCUGUAAACCAUAAUUCUGAAUUUUUCUUUGAACAAAACAUGGCCUCAAAAACAAUGCAAAUUAAAAAUAAACCUUCUUAUAAUGUCAAUCAUCAGUCGGAAAGGAAUUUAUUUGGUAGUUUAGACCGCCGAAAAAUUAAUAUAUCCCCUAUGGCAAAUGAAAAUAUUAGAGCAAAUCAAAAAAUUAAAAAUUCUAAUCGUUCACAUUCUAUCGGAGAAUUAAAAAUGGCUGAAGAUGUUACUGACAAUAUAUCUGUUGGUUCUCAUAACAGUGAUGAACAGCCUAUUUCACCAGUGAAACAGAGAGCGAAAACAAUCAGCCAUCCAUAUGAUGUUCCUAUUAAUGCAAAUUAUAACGAUAAUUUUAGAAGUUCAGUACAUGGUAAAUAUAAUUAUGAUUAUGUGGACCCACAAUAUCUUCAGAGUGCAUUACCAAAUCAAAUUGAUGGUUUAUAUGAAAAGAAUUUUGUAUAUACAGAACCUCCAAGGCCUUCUCCUAAAUUCAUACCUUUAAAUGUAAAUCAAGCACAAACAGCGACAGCAACAGCAAAACCAGCCAUGCCUUCUCCAACACAACAGUAUUACGAAGGUAAUGGUGACAUCUUUCCAAAAUCGCCCAAAGAAAACAUUUAA